GUUGUAAUGUUUUGUUUGACGUUUUCUUCCAUCAUUAUACAAGUAGUAAGCUCAAACAAGAUUCCAUUCUGUCACCGACACCAGACUUUUUAAUUAUUGUAGAAUGUCACAAGAAGUCGAAGAGACAUUGAAACGAAUAGCAGGACAUAAAGGUGUCGUGGGAACAAUAGUUGUUAAUAAUGAAGGGAUUCCGGUGAAAAGUACUUUGGACAAUACAACAACCGUUCAGUAUGCAGGUCUGAUGAGUCAAUUGGCUGACAAGGCAAGAAGUGCCGUUCGUGAUUUGGAUCCAGGCAACGAUUUAACGUUUCUGAGAGUUCGGUCGAAGAAGCAUGAAAUUAUGGUGGCUCCGGAUAAGGAUUUCCUGUUGGUGGUCAUUCAAAAUCCGACCGACUAAUAUAUGGAUCGCUUUUCGAACGGUUGUUUGCUAUGAAAUUUUUCGUUUUCUUUUGGGUGCAGUAAAUUAAAACUCAGUUAUUUAAAUCAA